AUGGACUGCGUCGCUGUCGACAACACAUGGGGCCCCUCGGCUGGGCCAUGUCGUGGCGGGCUGGACUUCACCCUCACCUUUGAGGAGUCCAUCUUGUCCCUCCUCCCUGCCGCGUUGUUGAUCAUCGCAGCUGCACUCCAGGUGGCCUUUCUCUUCGGUCGGCCGAGACAAGCUAACAAUGGCAUCAUCUUCUGGGUGAAGCAGGGCCUGAUCAUUGCCCUGGGCCUCCUUAAACUGGCUGUUCUGAUGUUAUGGGCGUUACCAGACACCACAGCACCAAGGACGAAACUAACUCUGGCAGCGGCGGCACUAAAUUUUGUCGCCGUCUUCCCUCUCUCCGCCGUUAGCUACUUUGAGCAUGCAUUCCGCGUAGCGCCCAGCUUCAUCAUCGAGCUGUAUCUGCUACUUACUGCUUUGUUUGAUGUUGUCCGAGUUCGGACACUGUGGCUGAUGCCCACUUCAGCUCACACAUCGCUAGCCGCCGCCGAGUCAGUUGCCUUAGCCGUCAAAUUGAUGCUGGUACUCGCCGAAGCGGCCAGAAAAGACCAGCUCGUUCCCCCCGACAUCAAACAGAGGUAUACCAUGGAACAAAUGGCCGGCUUCUACGGCCGAUCCAUGUUCUUUUGGCUUGGCUCAACACUAUGGGAACGGCUACACCCGGUAUCUCUAACCCUCUUCAAGUCCAUGCCCGGGAAAUUCCUCAUCCCUGUGUUUCCCCGCGCCAUCAUCAUCGCCCUUACGCUCACUCAACCCAUGCUGCUGGAGCGCAUGCUGACCUUCGUCCAAGGGUCAGGCUAUGGCGAGCGGGUCGACGUUGGCCACGCGCUGAUUGGUGCUUUUGCUGUGCUCUACCUGCUGAUGGCGCUCUUCAACGCGUGGUACCAUCACGCUUGCAACAAGCUGUCGCUCGAACUGCGCAGCCAGUUGAUUGAUUCCUGCUACCGCCAGCUGCUGAAAAUGAGGCUGGCUGCUCUGGAUUCGGGCAAGGCAGCGACGCUGAUUAACGUGGAUAUGCAGCAUAUCAUGGAGGGGAGCAAGAUUCUGCAUGAUAUCUGGGCGAGUAUGAUCACUGUUGCGGUUGCUGUUUACCUGCUGUAUCUGAAGAUCCAGCUUGCAUUCCUUGCGCCACUGCUUUGCACACUUGUGAUGAUGGUUUUGGCCGGUAUCUGCAGCGCGCCCUUGGGCCCUCGACAAGUCGCUUGGCUCCAAGCGACGGAAGACCGCGUCAAGUCUACCAUGUUUAUGAUCACCGGUUUUAAGGAAGUUAAGAUGCUCGGGCUCUCUCCGGAUUACAUGCAGAAUCUUCAAAAGCUGCGUUUCACCGAGGUCGAACUUGGACGGCGCUUCCGACGGAUCCUGUCUAUCAUCAUCACAUUAUCCGCUGCGUCAACCGAAUUGUCCAUUCUCGUCGCUUUUGGCGGGUUCGCCAUUAUCAGCAAAAUCUAUGGGACUCCCCUAACCUUCCAGACCCUCUUCUCAGCCCUCGCACUCCUCCGCAUCUCUCUCGAUCCCCUGUUUCUUCUCAUCCAGGGCACGCCCGCUCUCAUUUCGAUGUUCAAAUGCCUGGGACGAGUGCAGGAUCUUCUCAACGAGGAUCGUGUGCUCGAGGUGGCAAACGGCCCCUUCGCUGUCUCCGAGACGUCGUCCGCCAGCUCAUUCACGCUCAAGCCUGAGCACAGAGCCACUAUGGACCAGUUCCAUGCCUACUAUCCGGGGGGGCCGGGCUUCCAGGAUGUCAGCCCCCGCUACAGCACCAUGGUUGACCUAGUAGAGAUCGUGGAUGCUUCGUUCUGCUGGAAGGGCAGAGAGGAAGCGCCCGCGCUGUACGUCAUGUCAUUGGCCAUUCCACCGAGUUCAUUUACAGCCGUUAUUGGACCAGUUGGCUCUGGAAAAUCUACCCUCCUGAAAGCCAUUCUCGGAGAAAUUGAACACAUCUCCGGGACUCGCCAGAUGCGUCGUGGCCUCAGGGUGGCAUUUUGCGAUCAGGAACCUUGGCUGCUGGAUCAGAGCGUCAAGGAGAAUAUUAUCGGCUCUCUUCCAUUCGAGGAGGAGUGGUAUGGCAGGGUGGUUGAAGCAUGUGCGCUUGGCCAAGAUAUCACUGGAUUUGCCGAGGGCGACGAUACUGGCGUUGGUAGCGGUGGGUCGGCGUUGAGUGGAGGGCAAAAGAGCCGUGUGGCCCUCGCGCGCGCCGUCUACAGCAGGCCAGAUCUCCUUCUCAUGGACGACAUCUUCAGCGGUCUCGACCGAAAGUCAGCAACCCACAUCUUCUCGGCCGUUUUCUCCGAGAACGGCCUCCUCGCCAAGCUAAGCUGCGCAGCCGUCCUAGUCACCCAUUCCACGCAACUCCUCCCCCGCUUCAACACAAUCCUCGUCGUUUCCAACGGCAUGAUCGCCCACCGCGGCACCUACGACGAGCUCCUCGCCAAUGGCGGCCUCGACGACUCGCUGCUCUCUCGCGUGGCCGCGCCCAAAGCGUCCGCCAGCGCGGGCGACGCCGUCGAGGUCACCAGCGACGGCAAGAUCGUGCUCAAGGACGCGCCGCUUGACAAGGAGGAGAACCAGGCGAGCCGCGCGCCCUCCGAGUGGGGUGUCUAUAGCUACUUUUUGAAGUCAUGUGGCGUGGUGGGGAUUACGCUGUUUUUUGUCCUGGCGGCGGUUUUGGCGGGAGAGCGGUCGUUUGAGACUGUUUGGCUGAAGAUGUGGGCGGAGGAUCAGGAGGCUUCCCUCGCGUACUACAUGGGCGUCUUUACGGCCCUCAUCGUCGGCGGUGUUUCCCUUCUAGGUGGAAUUUGCGUGGCAUCGAUCACCUACGUCGUUUCGGUGGGGUCUCACACCAUUGCCAACAGGGCGUUUGACCGGACUGGGGAGUUCUCUGCCCGCAACACAGAGCUGCUGAAUUAUUCACAGAGGGCGCAUUACAUGCUGGUAUCAGUUCAGGUUUGGCUCAAGAUGAUUCUGGAUUUUGUGGUUAUGCUGUUGGCGAUCUUGGUCACCACGCUGGCCGUCACGUUCCGGUCUUCGCAGUCCUUGGGCUUUUUGGGUCUAGCACUGGUCAACUUGAUUUCCCUCAGCACAAGCUUCAAGUACCUCAUCACGUUCUGGGCGAACCUCGAAACGUCGAUUGGUGCCGUAGCCCGUAUCAGGCGAUUCAACAAGGACGUCGAACCGGAGGAGAAGUUCCCGCUGCCGCCUCCCCAUCCGGGCUGGCCGACUCAAGGAGGAAUUGAGUUGCAACACGUCUCUGCAUCGUACAGCCCUCAACUGCCACCUGCGGUUUGCGACAUCAAUUUGUAUAUCGCCCCCGGCACUAAAGUGGCUAUCUGCGGCCGCAGUGGAAGCGGCAAAUCCUCUCUUCUGGCGACCCUCCUCCGCUGCCUGGACCUGAACUCGGGCAGCGUGAUCAUCGACGGCCUGGACGUCAGCCGCAUCUCGCGUGACUCCCUGCGCAAGCGCAUCAUGACGCUCCCACAAAAGUCCCUCUUCAUCCAUGACUCGAUCCGCGCCAACAUGGUCAUGUGGGACGAAGCCAACCCGUCGCGCACCCCGGAAGAAACGGACGCCUUGAUCGAGUCUCUCCUGCGCAGGGUCGGCAUCUGGGAUGCGCUCUUCACCCGCAAGCCCACUGCGUCCGCGGAGCCCGCCGACGAUCUAGAUUCUCUCCUCCAAGAGAUCGCCGUCACCGAUCCCUCCAACAUGUCCAUCACCCAAGCAUCAGACACCACCCAGGCCGGCCCCAUCCCCAUGGAGAACGAGAAGCCACAGAAAAAGAAAAAGAAGAGCAAACCCAAGAAGCUCUCUCCCGAGGAAGAAGCCGAAGCCAAGAAAAAGGCCGAGGCCGCGGCACCCACCACGCUCUCCAGCCCGCUCAACCCCGAGGAACGGCUGUCCAUCGGUCAGCAGCAGCUCUUCUGCCUGGCGCGCGGGCUAUUCCAGCGGGGCGACUCGCAGAUUGUGCUGAUGGAUGAGUUCACGAGCAGCAUGGACCACGAGACGGAGAUGCUGGUGCGGGAGAUUGUGGCGCGCGACCUCAAGGGCAAGACCGUCAUUGAGGUGCUGCACCGGCUGGAGCAUAUUCUGGAUUUUGAUUUGGUGGUGGUGUUGGACCACGGCAGGGUGGUGGAAGCGGGCCAUCCGGAGGAGUUGUUGCAGAAUGAGAGUGGGGUGUUGAAGGACUUGUAUCAGAGUAUGAGGGGGUAG